AUGGAAGUACCAGAACUCCCUCCAAAACCAAUUCAGUUAAUUAAGCUUGAACAAUCAAAGAAUAAUUUAAAAGAAAUAAAAGAAAUUUUUAAAGAAAAUAGUAUAAGUAAUUAUAAAGUAGAAGACAGUAUUGAUAAUUGUUGUAGUCUUGAAAAAAGAAAAAUGGUUUGUAAAGAAAUAUAUGAAACUGAAAUUUCAUAUAUUACUUCACUUGGGAUUUGUGAAAACUUUUAUUAUCGUAAAAUGAUAAAAGAAACAUCUCCGUUUCAUGCAGAAGAUGUUAAACAAAUUUUUUUGUAUUAUGAUGAGAUACUUCGUUGUAAUAGAGAAUUUGCGUCAAUGGUAAUAAAAAGUUGGAAAGAUAAAACAUUUGAAGACUCCAUUGGGGAACUUUUUCUUAAUUUUUCACCAUUCUUUAUUGUUUAUAGAAACUUUUUAAUUAAUCAUAACAAAGCUUUUACUUUGUUAACAAAGUUGGAAGAAGAUACAAAAUUGAAAAGGUAUUUGGAAAAUUGUCAGUAUCAAAUCAGUACGAAUCAAAAUCUCGAUCUUCGUGAUUAUCUUAUUAUGCCAGUCCAAAGAUUACCAAGGUACAAUCUCCUUUUAACAGAUUUAUUAAAAAAUACUCCAACAAAUCACUGUGAUUAUCAGAAUAUCAUUAAAGCAUUAGAAGUAAUGAAAGAAGUUACUACAAAAGUUAAUGAAUCAAUCUCAACUAACAAACAACAACAAAAACUCUUUGAUUUAAGAUCAAAACUUGCUAAAAGAAAUGGCUUUGAAGUUAUAGAACCUCAUAGAAUCCUAUUAAGUGAAGAAACUAUUAUCCAAUUCACUCACAAUGGAAGAAGUAGACGAGGAUUAAUAUUAUUUAAUGACUGUAUCUUACUUACAAAAAAAGAAGAAAAGUUAAUGAAAAUAAGAUUUAUUAUUGAAUUGAGUAGAUGUAGUAUUGUUGAACCAAAUAAGGAGAAAUCCCUACAAAUUUAUAGUAAUGUCAAGUCAUGUGAAAUUGAAUUUGAAAGUUACGAACAAAAAGAACAUUGGAAAAGUAUUAGCAAAGAUGCUAUUAUCCGAAUGAAGAAAACAAGUGACUUUGUUUUUUCUCCAUUAGUUAUUUCUCCUGAAGAUGUGCAUGAGUGUAAAAUUUGUCAAUCUGAAAUAAAAAAAAGGAAAAAAUAUUACUGCAAAAAAUGUCUGAACUAUAUCUGUUCUAAGUGUUGGAAUUCUAUUGGGAAAUGUUGCCUUAAGUGCCACUCCUUAGAAAAAGAAAAGGUAAGUCAAAAGAAAAUAGAACCUUUCAAAACAGAAAAGGAAUGUGAUUUCUUUAAUUUGAACAAUAAUUCAAAUCAACUUUCAAUUCAAAUCCAAUCCUCCUCUCUAACACCUACUAAAGGAUUACCAGAACUUAAGAAAGAGUUAAAGAAGGUGGUUGGAUUUGUGGGUGUCUUAAAAGAACACCAACCUAAAGAAAAUAGUGCUCUUACAGAAAAUACAAGUAAGGGAUGUAGGAAAGAACAAAGCCUUCAAAAAGGUAUUACACCUACCGAAAGAACAUUCCAAACAGAAAAAGAUACAAGGCCUGUGAUAAGACAGAUUGGUUUAGGAAAAGACACUAUUACUCUAAAUGAGAAUGGGUAUUGUUUUAGUCCUGACACUACUAAAAAAGAAAAAGUAAAACUAAUUGAAGAACAACAAGACGAUAGGUUGAUAGAAGGUAUGGAUGAUAAAAUAGAGGUUGUAUUGGGUCUAAGAAAAAAAAGUAAUUCAAUGAUCCAAGAAGAGAUAAAUUUACAUGAAAGAUUUUGCAAAAAGAAAAGAAGAAACUUUAUUUCAAAAAGUCUAGAAACUAAUGAACAAAAGCAAAAUAGUUUCCAAAAGAAAUCUAAGAAGAAAGAUAUAGUACCACAAAACAGUGAAGAAGACAGUCUGUCUAUUGAAACAAUUCCAGAAGGACCUGGUAGAGUUCAGUUUUUAAAGAAAUUAAAUGAAAAACGAAUUCAACAAGCAAAAGAAGAAAUCAAGAGAUAUGAAAUAAAACCUAAACUUGUUAAUGAUAAAAAGUAA